GAAACCUCCACGCACAGAGCCAUCUGCUGGACGUGUGGCACAAAGCGAACCGGGCGGCAGACAAAGAGGCCCCUACUGCUCCUGUAAAAACAUUCCUGCCAAGUGACUGGGCCAAGGAGAAACUCCAGAAGAAGUUUCUUCACCCCUCCCUCAGCUUCUCCCUCACUCACAGGCAUACGGGGGCCACAUAGCAGCAGGGACAGGAGGCCAGGCUGCAGCUGUUGGCCAUCUGAAUCGACCAGACCUCAGUGUCCGCUAUUCAGCCUCGCCAUGAGAGCCCUAAUCCUUAUCACUGCUGCCUUAAUCAGUCUUGCCAGUGGCCAGAACCAGGCCCUGAUGGAUUACCUGGAGCGCAGGAUGCUGUCCAUCGAGGAACGUAUCUCUCUCUGGCAGGAUCAGACCAACCGGCAAGCCUCUGAGCUUCGAGAAUUCAAACAGCAGGUGUCGGCGCUCCUGGAGAGCAUCGAGAAGCAGAGGGAAGAUCUCCGCUCUGACCUGACCAGUGUGGUGUCCCGCGUGGAUCGCGUAGAGCGCGAGAUGGACUAUCAGGAGACCCAGAACCCCCAACCUCCCUGCGUGGAUGUGGACGAGCAUCUGGUGGAGCAAGAGGUGGCCACUGUGAAGGAGAAGAACAAAGUGAAGUACACCAAGCUCUCAGAUUGCCGUGACAUGAUCUCUAGUAUCAAAGCCAUGAAGAUCUUGAAGAGAGCAGGCAAUGCCAAGGGCAUGUGGACCAAAGACACCUCAACUAGAUCUAGCAAGGUCUACCUCUUCAAUGGAGUUUCUGAGGACACCUUGUAUGAGUUUGAUUCAAUUCGGGACCUGACAGCUUCCUCCAAGUUGUCCAGGGGUAAGAUGAUCAAGCUGCCUUCUUCUUGGGGUGGAACGGGACACACUGUCUACAAUGGGUUCAUCUACUAUGUGAAGGAAGGUCAGGAACUUCAGGUGAUCAAGUAUGACCUGCGGAAUGGCUCAAUAGCCGACAGCGUGGUUUUCCCCGCCGAGAACCCUGUGCCGGUCUACAGCCUGACCAGCGAGACCUAUAUCGACCUGGCGGCCGAUGAGGAGGGUCUCUGGGCCCUCUAUGCCACACAGGAGAAUGACCGCAACAUCUGCCUGGCCAAAAUGGACCCCAACACACUGGACAUCGAGCAGAUGUGGGACACACCCUGCCCCCGUGACAACGCCGAGGCGGCCUUCGUCAUCUGCGGCACCGUCUACGUGGUGUACAACACCAAGCUACCCAGCCGCUCCCGGGUGCAGUGUGUCUACGAUGUCAAUGACAUGGUCUCCAGCGACAAUGCCCCUCUAGUCUACUUCCCCAAGCGCUACGGCUCGCACUCCAGCCUGAAAUAUAACCCGCUGGAACAGCAGAUCUAUGCCUGGGAUGAUGGCUAUCAGAUCCUUUACAAGCUGGUCAUGAAGAAAAAACUAGAGGUCUAAAACGAAACAUCAAACGUGAGAUGCACAAGCCCCCAGACGGCAACAUUAGGGACUUUUUGGGAUUAACUUAGUGAGCCGAUACUCGUACACUGCCUUGUGAGUUUCAAAUAUGUAUAUAAGUGUUUAUUUUUACUCAUCUAGAGAAUAUACUAUAUUACACUAAUCAUCCACAUAGAAAAGCACAAUUCAUUUUUAUUACAUUAUUUUAUUUACAUUUUUGUUGAUAAUUACAGUAAUAUAAAACCUUUUUUCAGCAAUUUCAAUAAUUUUGCUACAUGUAUUAAUUCAUAUACAGUACUUGCUUUAAGUUCAAUAAGGAGAAAAGAGGACAAGUAUAGACAUGAAUACAAAAUACAUUAAAACUUUAGCAGAUUUCAGAUGUUCCAGAACAUAUAUGUUGUUGUAAUUUACGUAUUAUUUUCCAUCUCCCGUACAUUUUUUCCAUGUGCAUCAUGUAUAUGUCUCAUAUGCAUACAGUAUAUUCUAUUUAUUGCAUUUCCUGUGACCUUCAAUAAAAUCCCCUAAAUCACUACAGUAAAUCAGUUUUCUGUUACAGGAUUCCAAAAGUGUUCCGAAGAAGUUUUGCUCUCUAUAUAUAGAAAUAAUGGACUUCAUUGGGAGCUGUAAAUGUUAACCUUUAUUGUACUUGAACUUUUAAACCUUUAAAAUUAGAAUCACAAUUCACCUUAUUGGCAAAAUACACCUGCAUGUUCUCGGAAUUUGUCUUGGCUGUAUACUUCACAUGGAAAUAAAUAAAUGGAAAUAAAAAUGC